AUUACUUGUUCACUCAGACGGUAGAGUGGUGAUGUGUUCUCGGCCGGUCGAACUAAUCCAUUUUACUAGUUUUCGAGAAGAGUUUCUGAAUAAACUUUACCGCUCAGUAAUAUCACGGAAAGUGCGCAAACGAGGCGUUGGAGCAUUCUUGCGCUUCAGCGUUGUUGGGUUUGUGGCACGACAGAUAAGUAUGUGCGCGUGAUAGAUUCGUAUUCGAAACAUGGUGGGCGGUGACAAUGUCCCAUUCGAAGAUAAUUCGGGAAAAUUUAAUAUUGAGUUGAAUAGACUUGUAGAGAUCCGCAUUAAGACAGAUAGACAAAUAGACAAGUGAAACCAGAGAAAAUCGAUACGCGUGAGUUUUAUGCUAAAAUAUGCCCCGAAAACCGGCAAUUGCCGAACUACAAGAGGCCGAAGUGGCGUCUCCUCUGAGAAGAUCGACUAGGAAUGCUUCUGCAUCCCACACUGAAUCUUCUGAAACUCCUGCCAAAAUCACUAGGAGUAGGCGGAUUUCAGCAGCACAAGAAAAUGAAGACAAAGUGGAUUCUAAGCCAGCAAGCAGGACCAGACAAGAAUUGCUGGCCCAACUCACCGAAGAAAAUAAGGCGUCGACCCCGCGACGGAGCCGUAGGCCGUCUACGUCAUCUGAACCGACGGAGGAACCUAACCAAUCCGAGAAACCGCGUUCCCUUAGACCCCGCAGGGGUUCCGCUACCGAGAAGCCCGAAGAGGAAACCAAAACGCCGGUGACCGGCGUGGUAAGAUCGCGCAGAAGUUCUGCUAACGAUUCCGUGCAGAUCGUCCCGACCACGCCCGCCAGGAGUACUAGACGAAGAAAUUCCGAAACGUUUGAAUCUGCCGAGGAAAGUGUGACGAAAAGAACGGCAACCAGUGGACCAAAAAACUCCGAGUCCAAAGAAGAUGGUAAAUCCGCUCGAGGGCGCCGAAGAUCGUUCGAUGCGAAGGGAGAACCAGAAAAUGUCGUCACCAAAACGCUCGGAAGGCCCAGGCGACGCGUUUCCGUAAGUAAAGAACCAGAAUCGGAAAUAGUCGAGCCUUCAGUAUCUGAAUUCGAUCUGAGCGUUAUAAACGAGAUUUCCGACGAUGUCAACGGUGCCGAGGUGAAAAUACACACUCGUGAAGUCGUAACGACAUCUGGUGACAAACGUAACACGUCUCCUGGGGCCAAAAGACAUCUGUCGCCGGGCGCGGGCGAAUCUGAAUUUAGAAAAUCUCCCAGAUUGAUCGAGAUUAGCAUAAGUCACUCAACAUCGCCCAGAAGGUCGCCAAGAGUUGCUGCGUCACCAAAAAAUACAACGUCGCCGAACAUGGUCACCGUAGACCGAGCGGUUACACCCGAAACGCUUUCGAUUCAUUCCAUUGGUGACGCGGAGAGAGAUGUAGACCAUAACAAGGCGGAGGUAGGGGCAAAGUCAAAUGGUGAUGCUACAGCUCCGAAUUUGAAAUAUUAUGAAGAAAAAGAGAAGAAAAUUCUACACCAUAGCAAGUCAGAAAUAGCGCCAGAGUUAAAUGGUGAUGCUACAGCUUCAGAAGGUUCUAAAGAAGACGGGAAAAAAAUUCUACACCAUAACAAGUCGGAAGUAGCGGCAGAGUCAAAUGGUAAUGAUAGACCUCAGAAUUUGAAACAUUAUGAAGACGGGGUGGAAAUACUACACCAUAGCCAGUCAAAGGUAGCGGCAAAGUUAAAUGAUGAUGCUACAGCUCCAGAAGGUUAUAAAGAAGACAGGGAAAAAAUUUUAGACCUUAACAAGUCGGAGGUAACAGCAGAGUUAAAUGAUGAUGCUAUAGCUCCGAAUUUGAAAGGUUAUGCAGAACACGGGAAAAUUAUACAUCAUAGCAAGCCAGAGCUAGCAGCAGAGUUAAAUGGUGAUGCUACAGCUGCGGAAGGUUAUAGAGAAGACAGGGAGACAAGUCUGGACUUCAACAGAUCGGAGGUAGCAACAGAGUCAAAUGGUGAUGCUACACGUCCAAAUUUGAAAGGUUAUGAUGAAGGUAUGGAAAAUUUUCUAGACCACAAGUCGGAGGUUCCAGAAGAGUCAAAUGGUCACGCUACAGCUCCCAAUUUUAAAGUUAAUGAAAAUGGAGAGAAACUUAUAGGCUGUACUUUGGAGAUCACGGCAGAGUUAAAUAGUGAUGCUACAGCUCCUAAUUUGAAAGAUUAUGAAGACACGGAGAAAAUUCUAGACCAUAUGCCAGAGAUAGCAGCAGAGUCAAAUGGUGAUGCUGCAUCUUCCAAUUUGAAAGGUAAUGAAGAAGAUAGGGAGAAAUUUCUAGACCACAAGUCGGAGAUAACAGCAAAGUCAAAUGGUGAUGUUAAAGAAGGUGAUGAAGAAGACUUGAAAGAUUCAGGAAGAAGCAAUAAAGAGAACAUCCCUGUAGAUGAGCCGAUGGAGGUCGAUGACGAAUCGUACGUUUUAACCGGUGGCGACGGAAAGAAUACCGAAAUGGAAAAUUUAAUCCCAUCCACGGAUGAUAAACUAGGGGUACCUUCGAACGUAAUGAAGGCCAAACUAUUAACUAUCAGGCUAAGUUCGGUUACGGGUGUCGACGUCACUAUAGAAGAUGAAGAAUCAGGCACUCCGGUUCAGCGAGCCCCGAGCCCCGGUUUUCACCAAUUGCUAGCGGCGCCACGGAAAUCAAAAAGCCCAGUACAUAGUCUACCGACGAGUCCCCGUUUUUGUUUAUUCGAAGAAUUUAGAAAAAAUGAAGAUCAAAAAAAGGUUUGCAGCACUUUGAUGCAAGAAGCUGGGAAAAAGGAAAGCGCGGCAGGACGCGAAGCAGUAUCAUCACGAUCGGAAUCUCUUAGCUUUCCAGCAGAAGUGACGCACUACGAAUUCAAAAUUUCUUCGGACGAGGAAGACUCCAAACCUACCGAAAUUGAAAAUCAACUAAACAAAUUAACUGACCGAGCAACGUGUGGAUUUGCUUUAGCCAGCGUCAAAGGUUCCGAUAAUAUGAAAGCCACUCAGUUACCAUCCAAUGGAGGGAAGGCAGAUAAUGAGCGUGUUGCUAUUGAAGAUAAUUUAGAAAAAUCAUUUGGACAACUUCAGAAAAACACAUUUGUUAAGCUAUCAAAUACACCUUUUGAAAAUCGAAAGACUUCAAACUCAAUGGAGAUGGUUCAAAAAUUUGGGCUAACCGCAAUUGAAAAAUCAGAAGAACUCAAAAAUUCGGAAGGGAACAUUGAAGAAAGGGUUAAAAGUAUGAUAGGAAGCGCAUUAGAUCGGGAAAGCAGCGUAAGUACUGAAAGUCAAGCGGCGGAAACUCCUAAAGAUGUUGAAACGAUUCCUACUAGGCUAGUGGAGGAAGAUUCAGAUAAUACCGAAUUUGUAAUUGAGGAAAUAGAUGAUGAAGAACCAAUGGAGAGACAGGACAAGGAAGAAAUAAAGUCCGGUCAUAUUGCCAUUGACGAGCCAGAGGAACCCAGCAAUUCAGAAGAAGACAAUGUAGAAAAAAUAGAAACCGAUAACAACGAGGAGUCGGAACGCUCCGGUAGUGAUUUCCUAGACAACAUGGCGGAGGAAGGAGAGGAGAGUACACCCUCAGAAGACAGCAAUGAAAUUAUAGAUGUUGGUGAAUCUGUAGGAAGUUCGGUUUCUCAGUACAGCGAAGGCGAUUAUGAAAAUGAUUCCUUUAUUUGUGAUGACGACGACAUUGAGUCACUUUCAGGUAAAGAAUUCGAUCUGCAAGAAUGCGCAGAGGCCGUGAAAGAGGAAAAACAGAGCAAAGAAAAAUUAAGGUCACGUAUUAUCAUGGUAAGCAAUUCGUCUGAUGAAGACACACAUGAAGAACAGGUUUUUAAGGUUGAGAAUCAAAAUGAAGAAUUACCAAACUUAAAGAAUGUGAGUACAAGUAAGCGAAGGUCGUUGAGUAUUCAAGAGAGCUUAGUAUUGGACGGUUCUAAUGAGCAACUCACUGAAAGAAUUAACACGCUAGUCGACACCUUCUGUACCUCAAUCGGCAAGGGUGAAAUUUCAUUGAACUUAUCAUUGGAAUACGAGACCAUGACCGGAAAUAGUGCAGGAGAAAAGAAUGAAAAAACAUCUAGGGAGGUUCACAAAACGCGAAAGGCAAGUCUUUCAUUGGAUGAGAUCGACCAACUGGAAAGCCCUGUUAAGAAGAAGAGACGUCUAAGUCGGAGCCUCGAGAUUCUUGGGGAAGGCGUCCCGAGACACAAGGUGAAAAAAUCGAAGAAAACAAGACGCAAACAUGAAAGUGAACGCGAAGAUCUUAGAGCAGGUUUUAACAUUAUAAAUCAUUUAGUGAGCGAUGUUAAAAAGCGCCCAAGACGCACUAUCAGACCAACCGUUGCGAAUACCGAUGCCAAUUCUUCUUGGGUAGCGACUAAAGCGACCAACGUGAAACCUUCCACUUCUUUGGUGUCUAAGAAAACGAAAUUGGAAAUGACAUCGUUAAAGUUCCAUCCUAAAGAUUUUAAGAACAAAAUUUUGGCCGAUGACAACAGAGUAAAGAGAGUGGAAACGAAAACCCUAUUGAAGAGUAGGGGCAUUUUUUACUGAGUUAUUUCGUCUGUUCUAUUUAUUUGUUCUCUUAGUUAUCACUAUUAUCCCGCAUUUUCUUUAUUUUUUAUUUUUGAAAAUGGCUAAUAAAAUUAAUUUUUAUAUUUAAUCUU